AUGAAGUUCACACUAUACCUAUUGGUAUUUAUUGUCGGUUGUAAGUACACUGAAUCGUUAUCAAACUAUCUUGAAACUCUUUCCAAGGAGUCCAGGGUAGACGAGCCUGAUCCAGCUUAUUCUCGACCUGAGGACAUUGUUCCUGAAGAAUAUUACGGGUUUACCAACCCAAUGGCCAACAACUGGCCUGGCUCCAAACAUGAAAAAUAUGGUGCAUACUUGAAGAAGAUUGAACCAACAAGGGUUGGCGGCUCGGUCGCCCCAGCAGCAAAUUCUUGGCGAUCUGAAACUUCAACUCCCAAGGCUCAAGGACAUGGGAGUUACUUGGAUAGUCUCUAG